GUUUCUCUUCCUGUGUGACAAUAGAUUCAGGAGCGAGAAACGGGUUGAGACAUAAAAGCUCUGGUUUCUGCUAGUGCUGAGCACAGAGGGACAGCAGUCAACAUGGGCAGUUCCGAGGAAUCUAAGGCGCAGCAGCUGGGUCCCCUGGAUGAAGAAGAGCUGAUAACCAGCGGCCCCAGAAGUUUCAUGAGAGGCUUAGGCUGGCAACGAAUUUCUGGAUUCAACUGCUCUGCAGGGUAUCUGGGCAAUGACUCCAUCCCCCUGGCCCUACAGCUGCUCGCCCUCACAUUACUGGCUGGACUCCUGGUGGCCAUCCUUGUCCAAGUCUCCAAAAGCCCUAGCUUCCGGGAACUGGAGCAGGAGCAGUCAAAGCAGGAGAAGAUCUACCAGGAACUCAACAAGCUGAAGGCUGGAGUAGACCGCCUGUGCCGGCCCUGCCCUUGGGACUGGACGCUCUUCCAAGAAAAGUGCUACUUCUUCUCCAAGUCACAGCGGAACUGGAAUGACUCGAGCACCACCUGCAAGGAAAAAGGGGCUCAGCUGGUCAUCGUAGACAGUGAUGAGGAGCAGAGCUUCCUACAGAUGGCUUCUAAGAGCAAAGGCCGCACCUGGAUGGGACUGUCAGACCUGAACAUGGAAUCCAAGUGGCACUGGGUGGAUGGGUCGCUUCUGUCACUCAGCUUAAUGAAAUACUGGAACCCAAAUGAGCCCAACAACUUGGGGGAGGAAGACUGCGCAGAAUUUGCCGGCGAUGGCUGGAAUGACGCCAGAUGCGAGGUCCAGAAAUACUUCAUCUGUGAGCAGUCGGCAGCUUCCUGCUCCAGCUGAUGGGAGCUGCCCCUUCCAGGCUGGACUCCUUCCUGACGCAGCUCACAUGCAUACAGGACAAUCAGGACCUGGUCCUGUAGGACCAACGUGAGACAACUCUUCAGGUUCCAGGGCUCCCCAGGCUGUCAGACCUCCUGUGUAGAACCUAUUUCUCUGCCUGGUUCAGCUCCCUCACUUGGCAAAAUAAAAGUUCACACUUGGUCUUUGUCUGGA